AAAUGAAUUUGUUUCUUCCUUUAUUUAUUUAAAUUGUCUUAUUUUUUAGUUAAAGUAAAUUUCAAAUAAAGCACUUAAAAGCGUUAGGAGCUGCUGGUAACAAAAUUGAAAUAAAAUUUGGAGUGCAAAGGGUUAAACAUAUUUUCUAAUAUAAUAAAGAUAUCAUGCCUUUAUUCUUUAAAAAAGUCAUAUCAUAACUUUCAUGUAACUAGUGUUACAGUAAUACAAUGAUAUUGUUAAUUAAUAAGAUCUUAAUGUAAAAAAAAUUAUGUAAUACUAUCAUAUUGUAGAUUAAAAUACCUAAGAUAAAAGAUAAAAAAUAAAUAUUUAACCACAUAGUUUAUACCUAAAAUAGGUGUGGUUAGUUGUGCUAAAUGAUUUCAUAUUAUUUAAAUCUACAUAACAAAAUCCGACAUAGUCAUGUCCUACAAUUCUUCUACUGAAGCAAAUUGUGUUUGUAGUGAAGAUAUUAAAAAAGAUGAGGAAUCUAAUUUUGAUUUGGUUUUAAAAGAAAAGUGGAUGGAAGCCCAGAAGAAUGAAGUGUUUCGUUAUAUAUUAAACAUUCAAGAUUCGAAAAUAUUGGAAGGCAAAUAUCACUUUUUAGUCCAGCUAAAUAUUGAUCGCGGUUAUAAAAGAAGAUCUCCAGAAAGUAUUAUUUCAAUGAACCAACCUUUCAAUGAGAAAGAUUUUAACUUUACAAAACUUGUGUCAGAAGAACAAAUAAUGAAUUUAAAUAAUACAGACAAAGAUGAUAUAAUUGCAAUUAAUGCUAGUCCGAUUGAAUACUGUCAUUCUCUGCUGUUGCCACAAAGAUGUAAACAAUUACCUCAACUUGUAACAAAACAUAGCUUAGUGAAAGCUGUUGAGUUGUUUUCCUUGAGUUUGUCUUCAUACAUCAGGGUGGCUUUCAACAGUCUUUGUGCUUUUGCAUCUGUGAACCAUCUUCAUUGGCAUUUAUACUACUUGAAAUGGAGGAUGUUACUGGAAUAUAUUAUACAAGUGGGGAUCGGUUUAGGAGCUGUUUUGAAGCAACCCCGAGACAACGGAAUAUUACAGCCUAUUGCUUACUUCUCAAGAAAAUUGAAACUGACAGAAUCGAAGAAGAAAGCGUUCCAUCUCGAAUGUCUUGUUAUUAAAGAAGCGAUUCUGUAUUGGCAACAUUGUUUAAUCGGCAGAAACUUUACCGUUUUAUCAUUUUCAUUGAUUAUUUUUGAAGCGUUACUGUUUAUGAUAAUAAAUAAUUAUUUACACAAAAGCUGAAAAUAUGGAUUCACUUGAGCUGUGACUCAGCUUAGUUCUUUAGUGCAUGUUAUACUUACCGUCAUAGCGCAAAAUUGGUUUUCGAAAUUGAAAAAAUGCAAAAAAUGCCAUUCUUAUUAAGUAAUUACCGAAGAAUCGAAAUAAAAUAUCUUUGUUCUGGAAUUAUUCCACAUGAUUUAAAAAAGAAAACGUUUCUCUAGGACCAAUUGGCUCUAAGAUCAAUCUAAAAAAGAAUCGUCAAUACUAAACAAUUAAACAAUAAAAGAUGAAACAUGUGCCAUUUUAAAGUUUAUUACUUGUAUUAUAUGUGGAUUGUUUUUCGUACUGAUUGGAUAGAAGAACGUUUGCAGAGUUGUUUGGAGUGUACAGUCCCGAGAACUUCAGCGUUGCGGGUGUCACAUAGAAGACACAGAAAAUCGCGAAAUUAAUAGAUCACCGGUUGUCUCCUCACGUCGUAGUUCGAACUUUUCGCAAGGAAGGUAAAAAUUUCGGACUUUAGAUAUGAUAGUAAAAUUUAUUAUAUGAAUCCAACAGAGUAACGGUUCAGAGUGUUAUAAUAAAAGCGUAUUAAGUGCUGAAUUUGGGAAGGUUUAUAUACUAAGGUUUGAUUCCUCUGAAGGAGUUAUCGUCGGGUGCCUAACAGACGUAGCUGUCCUGUUACUGUCUGGUUAUUGUUUCGAUGACUGUGGUAUGCAGGAUGUUUUGUCAGCCGUGGUUAUCCUAUUACUAUCUAUCUAUUACUAUACUAUCCUAUAUGCUAUAUAUUCAACAUGCUUCUUUACAUUUAUAUUUGUUACAAUAGUAAUGUAUUGUAGUGUCGUGUACUAUUAUGAUUAGUUUAUUUAUUAUAAAUGGAUUAAACAGAUGCUGAUUAAAUAGGAAACGAUGGUUGUUCAACGUGAACUAAUAACAACAACGUAUUAUAAUUAAGA